AUGGCUGUUGGAGUUACGGACAAGACACCGGAAGUUCGCCAUGAAAUCCCCAAGACGUGUAAGGCAGGGGUUGUCUAUAACGAAGGGCCCGAUUUCGUCUUGAAGGUGGAAGAUGUCCCAGUUCCGGAGCCCGGACCGGAUGAGGUUCUCAUCAAAUUAAAUAUCACCGGCCUCUGCUACUCCGAUAUCCAUUUCAUGCUUGGAGACCUGGGCGGGCCUACUAUGGGCGGGAACAACGUACGGUCGCCGGGCCAUGAAGGUGCCGGUGUCGUCGUUCAGGUAGGAUCCAACGUGAAGAACUGGAAGGUCGGUGAUAGGGCAGGCGUAAAGCCAAUGUGGAAUACAUGCGGUUCCUGCGAACUGUGCUGGGGCGACAAGGAGACUUAUUGUCCCAAAUCUAUCUCCACGGGUCUACAGGUUGCUGGAACAUAUCAACAGUAUAUCACAAGCCCAGCGAGUUACACGACACCAAUUCCUGAUGGCGUCCCUGACGAGAUUGCGGCGCCUAUCAUGUGCAGCGCCUCAACAGUCCUUCGCAGCCUCGAGGAGUCCAAACUACGGCCCGGGGAAUGGGCGGUCUUCCCAGGAGGAGGAGGCGGUGUCGGCAUCCAGGGUGUUCAACUCGCCAAAGCCAUGGGGAUACGGGCUAUCGCGAUCGAUACUGGAGAUGCGAAGAGAGAGCUGUGUUUGAAAAUGGGGGCAGAACACUUUGUGGAUUUCAAGGAGAGUAAAAACGUGGCCAACGAAAUCGUGGAACUCUGCGACGGAAUUGGUGCCCAUGCGGUCUUUGUGACAGCGCCUCAAGCAUACAGGGAUGCCAUCUCCUUUCUCGGUGGUCGGGUUGGGGCCAAAGUUAUGUGUAUCGGGCUGCCAUCGGCAAGCGAAUACGUGUUUGGCGCUCAUCCUGCGCAAUUUGUUUUCAAAAACAUGUCUGUCGUGGGCACGCUGGUUGGGUCGAUGAAAGACACUGCCCGGGCCCUCGAUUUUGCCAAGCGGGGGCUCCUCAAACCGAUCUAUGAGAAAUGGCCGAUAGAAAGGAUGCCAGAAGCAGUUGAGAAGCUGCGGCGCGGACAAGUCGCGGGGCGAUAUGUUGUUGAUUUUAACGCAUAG